AACCAAAAGUCAGGACCUGUGUUCUCUGUGCCCGAAUGGAGCAGUUAGUUGGGAGGCAAGCAAAACGGUGGGAGGAUGUAGUAGAUGUAGAGGUAGAUUGGAAUCGUGUGUACUUGUACGGUUACGUAGACAAAGAAAGCAAGUCGACAACUAGCAGUAAGCAGAUUGUUCUGCAAUAUGCAAGUCGAGACGGUGCUGCCGUGUCGAAGUUCAUGGUCCGGUUCUUCAAUUUGUCGAAUUGGUUCCCGAGAGCACUAAAGCCCAUACUCCCCGGGUCUCUCCUUCGAAUCGUUGGUAAACCAUUAGUCAAGACUUGUGAAGAUCCGAAUUUUCCCGAGGUGACGAAUGAAUUCAUUUAUGGGGCCGGUCAAGAUUCACCGAAACCAUCGUACAUAGUGUACAUGGAUGAUGUCUCUCGGGAAUGGGCACUCGUGAAGCAACUUCAGGAACUAUACAGGCUUCGUCUCUCGGAGGGCGGUUCUGAAUUAUACACCGGGCGGUUCAUUUAUACUCGUUGUGAAUGCUUACGAGAACUUCCCAGUGGUAAGCAAGUUCACGUCCUCGGACGUCUUGUAAGCGGACUUGUACAACAAGGCUCUGUACUGUCAGCUUCCAUUAGAGAUAGCUCUCUCUCAAAACCGGAUGUUGCUAUUUUUCUUUCUAUCCCUAUUCCUACUAAGCUACGUCUCUCUCUUCAAGACAUUAAACAAGGCCAAGCUGUCGCAUUUCGAUAUGCGACUGUCGACCAACGUGAAAACAAAACCUAUCUCAUCUUUACCCAGCACUCUUCUCUUGUAUUUCUAUCUGCCAGAGGCACCGUCCUGCUGUGUUUUGGGGCUCCUUUUGUAUUAGAUAAAGAGGAAGCAGCCUAUGUUCAGUCUUUGAUCGCAUUUUCAAAUGACAUAGACAUAAACAAGUAAUUUUUCUUUUUUUUAAAAAAAAAAAAUUACCCAGUGUACUCAUCCGUAAUCCCGUUUUCUUAUAAAUGUUAUCCUUUUUAUUCUUUUUAUUUUAUUUUAUUUAGUUUAUUUUUUUUUGUGUGUACACGGGGCAUGUAAACAAACCCGAUGUUUGUA